AUGGAAAAUCAACGGAUUUGCACACAAAAACGAAUCAUCAAGAGGACGAUAAUUAUCUUCGUGAUAUACUUUGCACAAACCAACUGCACUGACAUUAGAAAUGAUAAUACCAAUACUUUAGAUAAUGCACCCUGCCAUAGCUGUCUAAAUAGUCAAGAUGUAAAUAGAUCAAACGAUGACAGUGUUGUAGGUAAUAUAAUAGAUACAGUUAGUGAAUUUUGUGAGAAAUAUGUAUUUGUAAAUAAUACUGAGAGAGAUUUGAGUCACGUCUUAGAGAACGCAAUAGACGAAGCGUUAAAAAAAGACAAGUACGAAUUAUUUGAUGGACUCGAAAUUAAAUCUGUGAGUGUGAAGUCGGAUCAAAGUAAAGAAGAUAAUGACGGGAGGGCGCUAUUUAGUUCGUACACUUACGAAUACAGAUUGUUCAGGAAAAUUAAAGACUUUUUAGACACGCAUAUUCUGUCUAUAAAUUUGCCUAAAGCAGCCAGACUUAUUGGAUUUAGAUCGUUCGGCCUUAAGAAGUUCUUCCUUCCCUUGCUGAUUGGGAUGCAAGUAUUCAAGAGUAUCCUCUUGGCGAUGUUUUUACCCAGUAUUUUGGGAAGUUUUGGCAAAAUUCUCGGGAAAGGUAUAUCAACACUAUCAGCCACUUCAAGCCAGGCCAGCUACCCACCGGCGAACAACGAAGAUCCCAGCUACGAUAACAAAGAAGCAUUCAUGGGAUACGAGACAAACAAUGCUGGUCAAUUCGCGUUACAGGAUUAUAAUGGCGAAACUGACCCCAAUGAUAGCGCAGAUGAUAUGUCCAGGUUUGGACCAGGGGGCCAGAAAGUCUCGUAUCUGCCAUCCAAGAACAGCUACUACAAGAACCAAAUGACUAACAACUAUAAGAAUUUCCAGAAGAUUCCAGCAUCAUCGAUGAUCCUGAGUAAUUAUGACCCGUUCUACUCACCGCUCCUGUCGAGACUGGACGGCAUCUUCUCGAGUCUCGGUUUAGCCCCGAGCGAAACAUCAACAGACGCCCAAGGACAGACUUUGAGUGACGUCAAGUUGGAAGCGUGUCGAGAACAACUGAUCUGCCUGAUGUAUGCUAAUCCGGCGAAAUAUGCGCCCUACAGCAAUUUGGUCUCCGCUCAACUCAGCAGGGAACUAAACGAGCUCCGACGCCCGGUAUCGGACAAUCCAGAAAUUCUCCGUUUCUUCAGAUACAUGAGGUCAGCGCGGAGAGGUCAAGAGGGCACAGACUGCCUGCAAUUUAGCACUGGUUGCACUGUCUCCACUCCUACUCACACUAUGAUCGCCGCCUACCACGAUAUUAACAAACUUGUUACGGCUAGGCGGCUGACUUUAGGAAACUGA